CAAGGCUGAAACAUGCAACAUGUCCAACGCUUUGUGGGUAUGCUCUCAAUGUUUCGCACGGUCAGCUAGGGUUGGUUUAAGUCAACGCUUCCUUUUACAGCGGCGGGGUUUGAAAACAGAUUCCGGCCUCUCUCCAGGUUUACUCGCUCGCGCUCGUUCUCUGGCCACAGAGCAUUCCACACUCUCUGCCCACUUGGCAGAUGCAUUCGAUGCGAAAGCUGCAAAGCGAAUCGGCGAGCUUGCACUGAUUGCAAGCACCUUGAAGGAAUGGGAGCAUGCAAAUAAAUCUGUAUCGGAGUUGUUGUCCUUGCUCCAUGACCCGGAUACCGAAGCCGAGCUGAGAUCUCUUGCUGUAGAGGAGUUAGAAAGUAGCAAGGCUACACUGCCUGCUAUUGCAGACAACUUGGCAAAGGCUCUUAUUCCCCGUCAUCCUUUCGCAGAUCUUCCCUGCUUGCUUGAAAUACGUCCUGGCGCAGGCGGAGAUGAAGCCGGUCUCUUUGCUUUCGAGUUAUUAAAGAUGUAUAUCACGUUUUGCUCACAUCGUGGGUUUCGAUACAACCUUUUAAAACGGGAAGUUGGGGACGGUCCUUCUGAUGAUCGUCUGAGCGAGGCAGUAUUGGAAGUUGAUGCAGACGGAGCUUAUGAUCUUCUGAGAACCGAAUCAGGCGUACACAGGGUGCAGAGGGUCCCGGCUACGGAGGCCAAGGGCCGCACCCAUACCAGUGCGGUCAGUGUGAUGGUUCUUCCGAGUUUUCGAGAUGCUGGAAGCGGCUUGGAUAGUUCACACGAUCACGAGGACCCUAGCAGUGACUAUUAUGUUGAUCCCCAAGAAGUCCGUACAGAGAAGAUGCGAGCCAGUGGGGCGGGCGGCCAGCAUGUAAACAAGACAGAAUCUGCCAUUCGCUUGACCCAUAUCCCGACAGGUACUGUUGUAUCGAUGCAGGAUUCCCGGUCCCAACAUGCCAACCGGAAGAAGGCAUGGCAAAUCCUGCGAGCGAAAUUGGCCGAAGCAAGACAGGAAGCUCGGGAGCAGGAAAUGGUCGAGCUCAGGAGAGGGGUCAUGGGUGGUGUUGCUCGGAUGGGACGUGGCGACAAGAUCCGAACUUAUAAUUACGGCCAAAGCCGCUGCACUGAUCAUCGAAGUGGUCUUACAGUACACAACCUAGAUGAUGUCCUCGAUGGUGGCAAGAGUCUAGAAACUGUAAUGGAUAGUGUGCGGACAUGGCUUGUUGACAACGAGAUAGCGGCUAUGGCUGCCGAGGAUUCAGCCAAAGACAAAGAAUGGCUGCGUGCUCCACCGUCCUAGGGUCUGUAUAAUGACAAAGUAACCAUUCAUUCAAACAUUGGCAUAUAAUCACCACAUUGCAUAGCAUUUAUAUAA